CGGCCACUGGAGUGCUGUGGGCUGCCGUGGCGUUUGCAGGCACCGCCGUUGGCCGACUCGCGGGGCCAGCUCCGUGGUCGCCGGCCCAAGGGACGGUUGCGGAGCGCGGACGUAAAAUUGUGCUACAGCUGCCGAGUCAACUGCAGAGGUACCAUGGCCGGGCUUCCCAUAACCGUGAGUCCUCGAGAUGCUCCACCACUGUCCCGACUACGGCGAAGCUCAAGCGCCGAGAAACUCAGACCGCACAUAGAAAACAACGUGCUGUACUCGCCUCAUGCCAAAGUCAACGUGCCGGUUUGUUCGAUAUACUCGGCCGUCAAGGCGUUCCUCAGCGCAGCCGGAUCCAAGCUUGCCGUGGUUGACUACUACCGCAGCUACACUCGCCAGGAGCUGCUGCGGGUCAUCGAACGUCACGCGGUGGGCUUCCAGUCACUGGGCGUGCGCAAGGGCCACCACGUGUGCAUUCACCUGCGCAACUCGGUCGACGCCUUCGUCACUGCCUUUGCGCUCGUGUUUGCCGGUGCCACGGUCGUCCUAUGCAACACCUCGCUCAAACACCGUGAGCUGUUGAUGCGGAUGACCAACAGUGAGGCGACGCACGUAGUCACAGACCCCCCGAACGCUGAGAAGAUUGGUAAAGUGUGCGACGAAGUCAGCAUGCCUGAAAAGAGCCGUUUCGUGCUGGGGGAGGCUGCGGGCUUCAUCUCAAUCCUCGGAUUUGAGCACAUGGAGGAGAAGGACUUCCGCGAGGUGGCCGUGCCAGACCCACGCAACACGCUGGCCGCCCUUGCCUACAGCUCAGGCACCGGCGGACUCGCCAAGGGCAUCGAGAUCACGCACUACUCCUUCGUCGCUAACAUGGUGCAGAACAAGAACUGCAUGGCCUCGGACGAGACUGACGUACUGCUGGCGUGGAACCCCAUCACGCACACGUGCGGCUUUCUGUUCACCAUGCUGGCAGCCUGCGUGGGAUCCACGUGCGUCGUCGUGUCGCCCGCGCUCACCUACAACCAGUUCAUCGACGUGUGCAACAAGUACCAGGUCUCGUCGCUGUUCGGCUUCCCGUCUCGCAUCCACCGGCUCAUGCAGGAAAUGCAGAGGUCGCGCGUCCGGCUCGAGUCCGUGCGCAAGCUAUGCAUCGCGGGCUGCUCGGUGACCGAGCCGCUGAUGCGCGAGGCGCUCGCGGUGUUCCCCAACCUGCGCAACUUCCGCAACUUGUACGGCGUCGCUGAGUGCUGCGGCCUGCUGGCUGCCCCGGGACAGGACGAGAUCAACUGCUCGGACGUCGGCUUCCCCACGCCGAACGUCGCGCUCAAGUUCGUCUGCCUCCAGACCGGGUGCGCCCUGGGACCGCACGAGCAUGGUGAGGUGACCUUCCGCACGGCCUCCAUGAUGCGCGGCUACUACAAGUUGCCGCGCGAGACUGCAGAGAUCGUGGACGCCAAUGGCUGGUGCCGAACGGGCGACCUGGCAUUCUACGACGAAUCAGGCCGUGUGCACGUCGUGGAGCGCCUCAAGGAGAUGAUCAAGUGCAUGGACAACCAGGUGGCGCCCGCCGAGCUGGAGGAACUGAUCUUGUCCAGCUGUCCGGCAGUGGCCGAGGUGGGCGUCGUGGGACUUCCUCAUCCCGAUUACGGAGAAGUGCCAACAGCAUUCGUCACUCGCAAACCAGGGCAAGACAUCUCCGAGAAGGAAAUCAAGAAGCUCGUGGCCGAAAACCUGGCCACGUACAAGCAGCUGCUGGGAGGCGUCUACUUCCCUGCCUCGCUGCCGCGCAUGGAGACCACGGGCAAGCUCUUGCGCUCUGUGCUUCGCAUGGACCCAAAUUACAGGAUGCGCAGCGAGCACCUGGCACCCUCCUGACCUGCGCAUGUCGGCAACCCUACCGGAGCAGCCAGCCCUCUCAUCCAAUCAACGUUCGCACUGAUAAAUUUCGCAAUCAUUUCGAUCCCUGCCAACAUUCGUUGUAGCCGAGUCCACGUCGCAUAGUCCUCACCUGGUGGGCGGAUGUGAAAGCCAGCGUAAGAGAUUCCUGGGGAUGUUUAGCUAGAAUGCGCACGAGCUGAGCUCGAUGACUGAGACUCAACGCGAUGCAAUUGCGAUCCCGCCCCGCCUCAAAGUGCUGACUACAAAUUCAUCAGCUUGUUCAUUAUGCAAUUCAUAAACUGCGCGGCGAUGAGAUGCGUCGGUACCUGAUAUAAUAUUCAUGCCUAUCUCUAGGCUUCGGUGAAUUUGACCGCUACCGCAUUUUGCAAUAAAAUUUCUUUACUAUACUUGCGGCAGCCGC